AUAAUAUUUAUUUAAAAACAAUAUAAAUGGUCACACCAUUUUUCUAUUUUUUCUUUGGAUUUGUUGAAAACUUGUUUGACAAUCAAAAAGAUUUAAAAGUGAUAUGCAUAUUAUAUAGUAUCACAUGACUUGUAUCCUAGCAACUUUAAACAACAUAAAGUUAACAAACUUACUAGAUACAAUUUUAUGUUGCAAUUAUGUUUUAUAUUUAAUUACAAAAUGGUCAUUUAUUAUAUAUGAAUUUGUACUACUAUAUUCAAGUUUUAUACGAUAUUUUAUAUAUUAAUUAUAUUUCUGGAAAAUAUGAUAUUGUGAACUAGAUAUCAUAAAAUUGAUAUUUUUAUUAUGCAUUAUAAAUUUAUAAUCAAAAUAAAAAAUUAUAAUUAUAUAUGGAUUAAAAAUGUUACAAUUGUUUAUAAAAUUAAAUAAUGUAAAUAAAUAAAUAAUAUACAGUUAAGUCAUUAGUGAAUAAUUAGGUAAAGCUAGGUGCUAUUUAGAAUGUAAAAGGACAAUUUUAUCUACAAUUCUUAUCAUUUCGAAUAAUUAUCUUAAAAUUCGUUAUAUAGAAAAAUAGAAUAAAAUUGAUUAUGAUGCAUAUGUGGUUUUGGUUUGGAAACAAUUUAGACAAUUUUUUUUUACCAGGAUAUAAUGUCGCUACAAUUUUCAGUUUUUUUUGUACUUGUUUAGGUUUAUUUGCAGUUGCAAUAUUAUAUGAGGGUAUGAAAGUUUUACAAAUCAAAUUACAACAAAGUACAAUAAGCUUUUUACAGAAACAAAGCCCAAGAAUAUCAGAGAAUUCUUGUUUGUUGUCUAAAAUAUCCUCAAACAACAUUAGAACAAAAAUUUCUUUACAUUGUAUACAAUGGUGUAUAUGGACUUUCCAAAUAUUUCAUUGGUUUGUACAUACAUUUCUUGGUUAUCUUUUAAUGUUAGCUGUUAUGACAUAUAAUGUAUAUAUCACUAUUACUAUUGUGCUGGGAGCAUGUCUUGGAUAUUGGAUAUUUGGUCCACAACUUAUAGAACUUAACAUGAAACGAUUUUAUAAAAGACAAAUAUUAUUAGACUGUGAUAAAGAAUGUGCAGAUAAUAUAAUACAUAGUCAGAGACAUGAAUCAACAGUUUCUGUUGUCGCAGAUCAAUUAAUAACAGAAGCUACUGUUGAAGUUCAUAUACCAAGAGAUGCUUGAAUCAAAUUAUAUAUAUUAUUAAAAAUAGUUACCAUUGUUUGUUAAUAAGUAAAGUAAUAUUUUGUUUAAAUAUUUUAUACAAUAAUAUUUUGUAAUAUUUUGUAUAUUUUAUACUUAAAUUAAUUAUUUGUUAUAUAUAAUUUAUAGUAAAUUAAUAUAUUAAAAAAAAAUAUUUUAAUAUAUUUAUAUAUUUUUUAAUAAAAAAUACUUAAAAUUCA